GAUCAUAUCGUUGGGUCUGUAAUUUGGCAAUUAAGGAUAAUGGCUAUGGAGAAGCAAAAGUGUAAGCUAUGUUGGAAGGAGUUUGCAAAUGGUAAAGCUUUGGGAGGGCACAUGAGGUCCCAUUUUGCGCCGUUACCGAUGACUCCGCCGCAAAAGCAAGAUUCCGGCGGCGUUGACCCGACCGGGAAACCAGCUCAGGGAAGAUCCAAGCGAGCUCGCAGGUUGUUUGUAUCAGAGGAAAACGAAGAAUCAGCGGAUCAAGGAGCUAAGAACGAGGAGGAAAUGGGGAAAACGGCGAAACUUGAAGAGAACAUAGCUAUGUGUCUUCUGAUGCUUUCCGACGAUGUCCGGGGAGAUUCCGGGACGAUGAAACGGAGAAAAAAGUCCAAGGAUAAAGAGAAUUUCCGGUGUGAGAUUUGCAACGGAGUGUUCAAAUGCUCACAGGCAUUGGGUAGUCACAGAACCGCUCAUAGAAACAAGACGGUGAACGCCGGCGCCGGCGCCGGCGAAAAACUCAGAAAUCUUGGGGUGAAAAACUCAGAAACCAGUUGAGCUGUAUUUUUAGAGCAACUGCAAAUUUUACUGGAGUCGUAUUGCGUUAAGGG